AUGCCUGACCCGAUGCAGUCAUUUCGAAGCGUGACGGCGUGCUCGCCGCUCAGCUCACCCGAAGAGGAGGAGAAGCAGCCGGUCGACAAGGAGAGAGGAGGAAGAAGGCAGAUGCUUAGAUCGGGCACUAGUGGUUCCAUCACUCCUUUGUCUGCGCCCAGUCCAGAGGCUGUAGCUACGAGUCGGAAGAACAGCGACAGUGGAUCGACGAGUGCUGCCAGCUUGCAGACGAGCUCUACACCCCGCACUGACGACGACAAGAGGCUAGACAGUAGCCAGAAAGCUGUUGAGGCUGGACAGAGCAACAUGACGGCUGCAUGUGAUGCGCGACCGACUUUCCACACGGAAAGGACAAACAGCUCUCGCUUCCGAUCCACCGACUUUCCUACAGCCACUGCACGCUCCGAAGCUUUGCUGUCGGUGGCCUCCACCCCAGCAGCAGACGACCUCUUCCGCUCGCCUUCGCAGGUCAGCGUCGCCUCCGAUGCCGAUGGCUACUUCACUGCACGACCAGGCUCGCCCGCCGAGGCUAAUGAUCUGCUGUCGCUUUCGAUGCUCCCGACCCACUCCGCCGCCAAGACACGCAGCGCUCUGCGACGAGAACGGGUAUCAUGGAGUGGACGCUCGUACGUAACGUGCGCAUCAGACAAUGCCGCGCCAGAACUUGCCACUGCAACCGCCGCAUCGCUCUCCAUCCAUGAUGAAGCAUGUUAUGUGGACGGCGAACACAACCUCUCGGCUCUGGACCACAACAAGCGCAAAGGUGUUGCCGGUGAAGACGGCGCAAGACGUAUUGAUUUUCUCUCGCUCCUGCCUCCGGAGCUGUCGUUGUGUAUCGCAAUGAUGCUAGAAGAGCAUACCGAUCUGCUGUCUGUUUCACUGGUCAGUCGGAGGUGGAGAGCUUUGGCGAUGGACCAGUCCCUUUGGCGCCAUUUGUUCUUCUCCAGGCCCGGCUGGGCGAUUCGAGAAGAUGCGCCGCUCGUUGUCCAGCAUCAGGCAGAACUGCAACGCAUCGAAGCCAGGGCAAAGCGGACCGCAGCCAAAGAGGAAGCUGAAAGGUUGCGUAGGAUACAGGAACAGCGCAAAGCAGCAUCGACAUCAAGUCUUUACCUCGACCGCCUGGCCGCCCUCAAGAGCUGGAGAGAGACAUUGCACAUCCCCUCUUUCCAGCACCUCGCGGGGUUGAGUCUCUCGAACAAUUCGACGCAAUUCGAAGUAGAUGUGGAUAGUGGCCGACCCGCCCGUCCUCCGAUGAGCCCGCUUCGCUCGCCUACCGCUGCAACGGGUCGAUUUGGGCUCUUUCUCAGCCCGGCGCGCGCUGCACCCUCCACUCCGGCGGGAGCGAGGCGCGCACAAGAAGCGGCUGCGUCAACGUCCUACUUUGGGUCCAACGAUACCGGGAGCAGCACGCCGCUAUCAAGACAAGGGAGUGUGGGCUCGAUCAGCAGGUCCAGACGUGCGUCCGUCGAGUCGCUUCACUUUGCAGAAGUAGUUGAAGCCGAAGAAUUUUUCGCUGCUUCGCUCGAUUGGACUCGACUGUUUCGCGAUAGGUUCCUGCUGGAGCAACGGUGGUUGCGCGGGCAUCUGCCGAGGAAGGCUGAGAAUGGGGAAGCGGGUGGUGGUCGGCAGAGAGGGGAGGGGAUGGCGCGCACGGCUUCCGCUUCAUCAACUAACAGCGAAAUGAACGCACCGCCAGCAAUUGCUGCCAGCGCAAGUGGCACUGCGCGUCCGGCUCGAGACAGGAGAAUGUUCGAACCGACGAAACGCUUCCUUCGUGGACAUCAGGAUUCGGUCUACUGCAUCCGACAGGACGAUGGCAUCGGCACGGGUACUGCUGGCAAACUCGUUUCCGGCUCGAGGGACCGUACGAUCCGGGUGUGGGAUGUGGAGACGGGCACAUGCAAGCACAUCUUGAAGGGCCAUGCGGCGUCGGUGCUGUCUUUGCAGUACGAUGACCAGAUCCUUGUGUCUGUGUCGUCGGACGGUCAGGUGUUUGUCUGGGAUUUCGCCAGCAUCCUCGCCACUUCUAAACCGUCUUCAUCUGCGACCACGGCAGAGAUGCCUCACGCUGUGAUUGACCCGGAAUGCGGCGCAUUGGUGCACGACAAAGCUGAUCGCGUCCACUGCGUUCUCCGCGACCAUUCCUCGGCCGUGCUCGAUGUGGUGUUUGACGAGAAUUGGAUCGUCACUGGCUCCAAGGAUGCCACCGUGCGGGUGUGGCGUCGGUCGGACAUCCCGCUCUCGUCGGCUAGCGUCAACUCUCCGUCGCCUGUCGCAUGGCGCAAGUUCUCGCACACGGGCCCCGUGAACGCCGUCGACUUGCAGGGCAGCCACAUUGUCUCGGCUUCCGGUGAAGGAUCGAUGUAUCUGUGGAAUUUGGAGUCGGGCGAGAAGCUGCACAGGUUCAGUGGGCAUAGCAAGGGCCUGGCGUGUAUCGUCUUCAAAGGGAGUACGCUGGUCAGUGGCUCGAACGAUCAGACGAUCCGAGUGUGGGAUACCGUCAGCGGCAAGUGCACGCAUGUGUUGGGGUUGCAUCAUAUGCUGGUCCGGACGGUGGCGUACUGUCCCGUGAGGAGGCUGGUUGUUUCGGGCGGGUAUGAUCGGAUGAUCAAGUUGUGGCGUAUUGACGAGGUGGGCACGCAGCACCCGCAAGAGGAGGAAGAGCGGACACAACCCACAGCAACGUCACAGAUCAGUUCUGCUGUCGAUGAGCAGCAGCAGGAGGAACAGGGGGAGACGGCCGAGGGCCCAGCGGUGGGCACGUGUCUGAGAGACAUUCGCUGCCACAGAGCUAGGAUCUUUGACGUGGAUUUCAACACGACUCGCAUCGUCUCUGCGAGCGAGGAUCAUCUGAUCUGCAUUACGAGUUUCGGCGGACAGGGGAUCGAUGCUUCUCUGUUUGCCUAG